CGCGAAGAUAAAUGGCUUCUAAAGACGCAUUUCCGACAUAAUGCAAACUACAGCGUUUAACUACAAACAAAUGCGUCGUUCUUAAGUGAAUGUGAGCGUUGAAUAAUUUGAUGGAGGGGGUUUUGUGGCGUCGCGCGGAAUGAUACCCACUGGGGGUGUGGGUCGGCACGGGCUGGCGGAAGUGUGGAAUCAGCCGUAAACAAACGUCAAAUGCAGUAAAGCCACCAAGCCGAGCACAGCGACAAGAUGUUUGUAAAGAAGGGCGGCGCACGUUUGCCUCAUCGUCAUUCAAAACUUCUCACCGGAGCCGCUUUGAAGCGUCGAGAGCAUUUCUGCGAGCGCCCUUUCCUUCCUUCCUUUCGCAGUGCAAGUGCUGUAGCGUCAUGUGGAACACGCUAAGGACAAGCUAGCUUUGGCUAACGUUGGCUAGCAAAGCGAGACACUGCGCCACUUCCAAACAAAUAAGCCAUUUCCAGCACCAAAAUACAAUUAAAAAACGGUUGCGUGAUAAGUGAUCGGCCGUUCGAGCAAACGAGGGUGGGGUGGGGGGCAACGCGGGAAAAAUAAACGCCAUUGCUGACACCGUGAAUGAGGCGGCUAAUGCUAAGCUAGCUCAUUCGACGCGAAACAAUGCAAUUGGUCAAUAAAAAGUAUUUUUUUUUGCCAAAACGUACUCUCCCUUGAUUAACAUGAUCGAUUAAACGAGCAAAUCAGAUAUAACUCAAUAAGCGUCACAAUUGGCAACACCAGGUCAUUGUUAACAACACCGGGGGUCUGGUAUACUUCCUGGAGUGCGCUACUUCCCUGUUGGGAGUUCUGUACUACGAGAGACUCUUCCAUUUAUUACGCAUCACUACACAACUUUUCAUCGAUUUUACUUAAUCCUGUCAAAUUAGACUUCAGUAUGCUAUCAAAAGAAGCGAAUGAAACCGUCACAUUAGCGCCCAAACGCCGAGGGUGCUCCAGGAAUUAGACAGUGCCCAGGCUCCCGUGUUAGUGUAACGAGGACUAGUUUUACAAGUGGCACCAUUGUGGAUUUAAUGUUUAUUAUAUAUGUGGUAACCGGUAUCAUUCAAAUAAACUGACGUCAUAUUUAACUGCGCGUAUUUAUUUAAGGUUGACUAGUAGUAUUGGUAGUAGUAUGGCUGCAAACAACACAGGCCUGAUGUUUCCACUAAUAGAAGCAGGCAGAGUUUCAGGCCUGGUAAAUAAAGCUUGGACAUUUCCAGUUAAUAUGGAACCUAAUGGCCGCCAGGAUGGACAAAUAACAUACCACGGCGGCUGCAGGCAAAACUGCUCCUUCUGCACUGAUCACACAGCUUGUGCGGAUUAGCAGACAUGACUUAAUCUCAAAACGUGGGUGCAGCAAUGGAGGGGGAAAUGAAAGAUAGAUAUUGUUUUGAAAAAAAGGCCUCAUUCGACAGUUCUGCACAGUGGAGUUGGUGUGAGAGUGUUUCACAGGGGAUUAGAGGAGGCUGCAUUAGGGAGUGCAUUGGAAUCAUCACCAUGGUGUGCACACAUUGUGACUUGGAUUUUCUCCUCCAUCACCUCAGGUAGAAUAACUCCAUCAUGAAGACUUCCUUGCACGCCUGCGGCCUUUUUUAAACCCGAAGAGUGGCCACACAUCUAUCAGUAUGUCCAUCCAAAAUAGUGCAUUGUUGUAGCAGCAGUGGCAGUAACCAGCACUGACCACAGGAGAGCGCUGCUUCCUUUGUGAUUGUAAAAUUCAUUUGUAAAGACAAGACGACCUCACUCACUGUGGCCUUUGCAGCAAAAAGAUGCGCCCCCUACUCCCUACAUCAAACACAAGGAUGACCUCCUUUUAUUUAAUUGAUUGCUUGCAACAAACAUCAAGGCGGACAAGCAGCCCAAAGUGUGCGCCUGCUUUUGGGGUCAAAUUACGCGCAGAGGCACUGGGAGGGACUUGUCGUGCAUGUGGACAAGAAGAAGGAGUCCUCCCUCCUCCUCCAUCCUGCUGCCCUCCCCGCUCCUCCUUCGCGGACACCGUCAGGGUCUUUCCGGGCCAGUCCGCCGUGAGAGGUACACCUCAACAGAGAGUCACUUCCCCGGGCAGGCAGGAGGCGAGCGUGUCGGCCUGUGCUGAUCUUAUUACGCGCCAUCAUGCUGGCCAGCAGCGAGAAGUCAGUGGCCCCCCCCAGCAGGCAGCAAAGACCAAAAGUGGCCGAGAAGACCAUGGACCCCAUUCAGAGGCUCGGACUGCUGGACAACGAGGACGUCCGCGUCAUGAUGCAAGGCUCCAACAUGGUCAAAGUCCGCUCCUCGAGGUGGCAGAAGAGCCGAAGCCUCCGUCUGCUGGAGGACGGGCUCACCGUGUGGUGCGAGUCGUCCAAAAGCUCCCGCAAGGCCAAGGCCCGUCAGACGUUUGCGGUUACCGAGGUGGAAUGCGUGCGCGAGGGCUGCCAGUCGGAGGCGCUGAGGCGUCUGUCUGGUUCGGUGCCGGACAACCGCUGCUUCACGGUGGUGUUCCGGGGAGCCAGGAAAAGUCUGGACCUUCUUUGCCCGUGUGAGGAUGAAGCUCAGCGCUGGGUGCGAGGGCUGCGCACCUUAAAAGAGCGCGUCGCCAACAUGACGCAGAAGGAGAAGCUGGACCAUUGGAUCCGCGGCUACCUGCGGCGAGCGGACCAGAACCAGGAUGGCAAGAUGAGCUACGACGAAGUCAAGCAUCUGUUGCAGAUGAUCAAUAUUGACCUGAGUGAGCAGUACGCUCGCAAUCUCUUCAAAAGGUGCGACCGAUCCGGGGACAGCCGCCUGGACCACAACGAGAUCGAAGAGUUCUGCAGGGAGCUGCUGCGCCGGCCCGAGCUGGACGCCGUCUUCCGCCACUACUCUAGUAACGGCUGCGUGCUCUCCACCGCCGAGCUGCGCGACUUCCUGGGCGACCAGGGCGAGGACGCGUCCCUGUCGCACGCGCAGAGUCUCAUACUCACCUACGAGCUCAACGACUGGGCUCAGAAGAACCAGUUCAUGACCCAGAAUGGCUUCACUAUGUACAUGCUGUCGGGGGAGAAUGACAUUUUCAACCCCGACCACGCCAGAGUCUACCAGGACAUGAGGCGCCCCCUGGCCCACUACUUUAUCUCCACCUCCCACAACACCUACCUCACCAAGGACCAAGUGACCAGCGCCAGCAGCACCGAGCCCUACAUCCGAGCGUUAAAUCAAGGCUGUCGCUGUGUGGAGUUGGACUGCUGGGAUGGCGACAAAGGCGAACCGGUCAUAUACCACGGCCACACGCUCACCUCCAAAGUGCCUUUCAAGGAGGUCAUCGAGACCAUCGCCCAAUACGCCUUUAAGGCGUCCCCGUACCCUUUAAUCCUGUCCCUGGAGAACCAUUGUUCCGUGGAGCAGCAGGUGGUCAUGGCCAAACACCUUCACAACAUACUGGGCCACAAACUGCUCACCAAGCCCCUGAGCGGCCAGACGCUUAAGGAUCUACCUUCACCUGAGGACCUGAGGGGACGUAUCCUGGUCAAAGGGAAGAAGCAAAUCCCUCACCUGGGCCAGCUGGGCAAGAACGGCAGCUACGGCAGCUUCUCCUCCAGCUCUGAAGACGAACAAGCAAGCAGCAACAAGAACACACCCAAGAAGGACCCGGUCAAGGCCUGCUCCAAGCUGAGCGUGGAGCUGUCCGAGCUGGUGGUGUACUGCAGGAGCGUCCCUUUCUGCGGCUUCGCAAACGUGUGCGACAAACCUUCCGAAGAAAUGUCCUCCUUCUCAGAGAACGACGCCCUCAAGCUCAUCAAAGACUCGGGCAAGCUUUUUGUACGACACAACAGCAGGCAGCUGAGCCGGAUCUACCCCUCGGGCCAGCGCUUGCAGUCAUCCAACUAUGAUCCCCAGGAAAUGUGGAACUGCGGCUGCCAGAUGGUGGCUCUGAACUAUCAGACGCCCGGCGAGCAGAUGGACCUGAACCAGGGCCGCUUCCUGCCCAACGGCCGCUGCGGCUACGUCCUGAAGCCCGGCUUCCUGUGUUCCGGCGAGUCCGACUUCAACCCGGAGAACACGGGCGGCGGCCCCGGCCACAUUCCCACCCAGCUGACUAUACGAGUAAUAUCAGCGCAGCAACUUCCAAAAAUCAAUACGGUCAAGGCGAGCUCCAUUGUGGACCCACGGGUGUGGGUGGAAAUCCACGGGGUGGCUAUCGACAACACCCGAGACAAAACCCAUCGCAUUGACAACAACGGUUUCAACCCGCACUGGGACUGCACGCUCAGCUUCCAGCUGCAGGUGCCCGAGCUGGCCCUGGUGCGCUUCAUGAUCGAGGACCACGACCACACGGCCAAAAACGACUUUGUGGGACAGUACACGCUGCCGUUCACCAGCCUGCGCACAGGCUACAGACACGUCCACUUGCUGAAGGCGGACGGGUCCAGGCUGGCCCCGGCCACGCUCUUCGUCCACGUCCAGGUGGCCCGCAAAGGAGUGCCCAUCAAAAAUGUGCCUGAAGGUUCGGAUUCUCCUAAAGUGUGACCUCCAUUGGAAUAACGUGAGAAAAGUCAACUCCGAAUAACAAAAAUUUCAAGUUAUAGAGUACAGUUCCAUCCAUCCAUCCGUCCAUUUUCUACUGCUUGACCCUCUCGGAGUCGCGGUUGUUCCUGGAAAAGAUGAUUAUUAGUGUUUAGCCACCUAACGAUACAAUCCAAAUCCAAUUCCUGGGGUGACGAUUCAUUUCAGAAUCUAUUUUCGAUUCAAACCGAUUCUCACAAUGAAUUAUUUAGUAGGGGUGUGAAUCUUUGGGCACCAAACGAUUCGAUUUGAUUCCUGGGGUGACGAUUCGAUUCAGAAUCGAUUCUCGAUUCAACAUGAUUCCUGAUUCAAACCGAUUCUCACAAAGUAAUAUUUGGUGCAAUACUGAUGA